CAGUUGACUCUUCGGGAAGCAAAUGCUUCACAACAUUGGGCAACAAUGAACAAUUUUCUGCAUCGGGCAUGCCAGGUGUUGGCUUUGGCUCUGCUGUUGACGAUCUGCACUCUGAGUAACAACGUGUUUUUCUAUGCCUGGUCUCGGACUAGUACCAAUGGCGAACAAGGACAAACGACUGUGAUCGUAGAUACAACAAGGGGGGCUGCUGCACCAAUGACCAGUGCUUUUGAUGUGGCCCUGAAGGAGUUCACCCAAGUGCUUCACAAGAAUCCCCAGGAUACAGCUCUAUUACCCUGGACAUCCUAUCUUCCUGACAGAGAAGAAGUGCACUUCCCUGUUCUCUCCUCGGCAUUGAUUCAAGCUGCAUUUGGAAACAAGAAAGUUGCUUUUGUUGGGGAUUCGACGUCUUACUAUCUAGUUCGGUGGAUGCAAGCACUCAUGUUGAACUUCACGGCUCAGGAACAAAAUGCAAUCUUGCUCAGCAAUAGCAGUGGAGGACUCCAGGAAGCCAAUAGGAGAAUCAAUCCUAGCAGCGACGUGAAUGUGGGAUGGGCAAACGGCUCACCGACUAUUAUUCAGGGAAAGACUGCAGCAGAUAGCACAAGAGCAUUCAGAGACACUUACAUCCAAUGGGAAGGAAGACGAGGUGGAAUCAUGAAGUCCUGUUCCUAUGAUGCUGAAUGGCGACACAUCCGAUUGCAAAAACCUCACGUCUUGGUGGUUCAGGUCGGACUUCACUGGCUGCAUUUUGAAAAGGCAGGACGAGAUGCCAGUUCUUGUUACAUGAAUCAUGUGGUCCACUAUGAAGAGUGGCUGCGUGGCAUUGUAACAUUGGCAGAACAGGUUGGAAUCCGUCUCCUGCUGUUGAAAACGACCAAUUUCGUCUGUGAUCAAAACUACGAGGGAGCCUAUCGACGAGCCGCCAAAGAUUAUGGAAAGGCCCGGCAGGAAAUGAAGGAAGAUGGCACCAACAAUAUCAUCCAACAGUGCAUCCAAAGCUUUCAAGUCAAACUGUCCAAUGAUUCCAAAUACAACAUUACAGCUCCACAACUCUAUCGGUAUUGUCGAGAUGCAACGUUUGAUGAACACGGAGCACAACACCUGAACCAACGGACAUUUGAUUUUGUCGCAAAGAAGGGGAAUGAAGGCAAGAAUGUCACGAUUGCUAUAUUCAAUGAUCAUGAUUUACAGUCCUGUGACUACACGGCCAUUGGGGAUGGAAGGCAUUAUCAUGACCUCAACCUGAUUCGAAUUCGACUAUUGGCAAUUGUCAUCAAGGAGCUCUUUCACUAGAUUGCAAGUUGGGAGCUUCAAGCAUGUAGCCAAGUUGACAGCGAAGAGAUAUUGUUGAAACCAGUACCACAACCAGUCGUUCGGUAUCCCAAGAGAAACUAGCUUUUCGUGGUCUGAUAAUUUACUUGCCAUUCUUUGG